AUGAUUAAACCAAAAAUGAUAGAAAAUGAGAAAGAUUUUUGUUGUUAUUAAGGACAUAAGUUGCCUGUUGUUACAAUUGCACUUGAUCCAUAAUUAAAAAGGAAUCAAAGACUCUUAUGCACAGAAUGUUUAGAGAAUGCAGACUUAGAUGCUAAAGUGGUCGGAUUAAAGAAAAUGAUUUCAUUAAUUGAAGAAGCCUAAUUAAAGAAGAUGGAAAAAGUAGAUUAUAUAAUAGAUAAAUAAAUAAAGUUAAUUGAAUAAUUACAUAGUAUUAUAGAUCAAAUGAGAUCAUAUGCGAUCUAAUAAUUUGAUUCAUAGAUUACAAUAAUAAAGGAAUGGAUUAGAAAUCUAUAAUAAUAAAGAUCAUAAUCUUAGUAUAGCUUUUAUGGACAAUUAGAAAUUAUGAUUAUCAAUUAAAAUAAAAUUGAUGAUAACUCUUAACAAUUGAUUCAUGAAAUUUAAUAAACAAAUCACUGUUGGACUUCCAAAUUAUAUCCAAAAUUAGAAUUAUUUAAUAAAUUCAUAGAAUAUCAAAAAUGUAAAGAAUUAUUCUCAAAGUUAGAAUAAUCUACUCAGACAUUAACUAUAAAUUAAUAAUAAUAAUAAUAAAUAAAAAUAGAUUAACUUAAUCAUGAUGAAUAAGAAUCAUUAUAGAAAUCUCAAAUCAAAUUAAAACUAAUUGAUUAAUCUCUUAAAUAGAAUGAUAGGUGUAAUACAAUAAUUUUUGAUUCUUCCGGGUCAAUUAUGGUAUCAACCUAAAAUGAGGAUAUUAAAGUAUGGAGUUUUCUGAAUGGAACAAUCAAAUUAGUAAAAACAUUGCAAGAACAUACUGAUUGGGUCUAAUGUUUAGUUUAUAGUAAAAAAAAGAAUUCGUUUAUUUCAUGUUCUUUAGACAAAACAAUAAGAUGUUGGUAAUCAAUGAACUAAACUGAGUGGAUUUCUUCACAACCUUAUGAAUAACAUACAGAUUCUGUAACUUGUAUUGUAUUGAAUUAAAAUGAGGAUUUACUAUUUUCUGGGAGUAGAGACAAAUCAAUUAAAGUUUGGAAGGUUGAUUUUAAUCAAAAUAAUUUGGUUUUUUUGUAUUCUUUGGAUAAACAUAAUAAUAAAGUUGUGUCUUUAAGUUUAAAUUAAUCAGAAAAUUAACUAGUUUCAUGUGCUGAUGGUUAGAAUGAAAUAAUUAUUUGGGAAAGAAGAGAAAAAGAUAAAUUUGAAUUCAAAUAUUUUGUUAAAUAAUCAAUUAAUGACUUUGGGUUGAAAGUUAAGUUCAUCAAAGAGAAUUAAUUUAUUUGGAUAACUGGUGAUAAACAAUUAGACAGACUUUAUGUAUUUGAAUUAAAAUAAGGAGUCUAUUAAGAAAAUUAGGAUAAGACAAUUCAAUUCAUUACAAAUAAUGAAAUUUAUGAUGAAUACCGUUUUCCAAUAAUUUAUAAUAAGGAGAGGAAUUUAAUAGUAGUAAGACAUAAGAAAUAUAUAUAUAUCAUUAGAGAAAUUAAUGAUGGCAAUUACAAAAUUGAAGAUUAAUUAAAUUGUGAUACCUACUUUAUUUAUGGAAAUAUCACAAAUAAUGGGCAAUAUUUGGUGUAUUGGGAUGGCAAAAAUUUAGCAUAUUCAACUUAUGAAUUAUUAAAUAAAUGA